AUGAAGUUCAAGUUCAAAUCAUUCAAGGGCGAGAAGGACUCGGAAGGGGAAUCUUCGCAAAACCCCCAAGCAAAGCGUAAAGAUCAGAUCCGGCGAGCGCAAAAAACUCAUCGAGAGCGCAAGGAAGCAUACACAAAAUCGCUAGAACAAGAAGUGAUCCAGCUGCGCGCCAACGAAGCCAAGAUCAUACAGGAAACCCGGAGACUAUACGCGGAACUAACUGCACUCAAGAACUACAUGGCUAGUAAUGGUAUUCAAGUCCCGCCUUCGCUUACACAAGAUGUUGUAUCAACGUCAGCGUCGCCGAGUGAUGAUGUUUUCGACCUGAGCAUUCGCACCACCAAUACAAAGCAGAAGAGACGGCAAAUACAAAUUUACAAGCAUAAUGACCACCAACAUGAUCAUCAGUGUGAACUCUCGUCUGCUGGACAUAAGGCCUCCCAAGUCUCAACGUCUCCCGGAUCCUUCCUUUCGCCGACUACCUCAGACGAUUUAGCAUUGCGCAACGAUCCCAAUACGCGCAUUAGUGAUCUUGAUCUGACCUCCGUUGGCAUGGACUUCGUGUUAACUCUCGAAAGUCCAUGUCUUCAACAUAUCACCGACGCGCCAUCCGAUGAAUCAACAGGACAUGCGCUCAUGGCUAGCGCAACACUACUCCAUCAUCACCCAGCUUCGCACCAGCAAGUUCCUAGCCAAAAUUCCCGAUGGUCGGUGCCUCAAACAGGUAUAGAGAAAUUGCUGGAGCUCUCGACUAAUGUACCCUUGAAUGACGGCGAAAUCACUCCAGUGCAAGCUUGGGAUGCUUUGAAGAAGCACCCGCAGUUUGGAGGGAUGGAGAUGGAAAGAUUGAGAGCGUUGCUGGAGACACUGGUGAAGGGAGUGAAGUGCUAUGGGUUUGGUGGUGUUAUCGAGCAAGGAGCUUUCGACAAUGCGCUGUUCGAGACCUUUGUCAUAGGUCGCGUGUUUUGA